GCCCCGCCCACCGUCACCAUAGAGUGCCGGAAGCAGCGUGAGCAGAGGGCCGAGGAGGACCGGGUCGCAGGGCAGCGCUUCCGGCCAGCAUGGCUACCCUGGUGCUGGAUAACGGAGCCUACAACGCCAAGAUCGGCUACAGCCAUGACAGCGUUUCAGUUAUUCCUAACUGUCAGUUCAGGUCAAAAACAGCACGGCUUAAAACUUUUACUGCUAACCAGAUAGAGGAAAUAAAAGACCCUUCUGGACUCUUCUACAUCCUCCCUUUUCAGAAGGGCUACUUGGUGAAUUGGGAUGUUCAGAGACAAGUUUGGGAUUACCUUUUUGGAAAAGAAAUGUAUCAGGUUGACUUUUUAGAUACUAAUAUUAUUAUCACAGAGCCAUAUUUUAACUUCACUUCAAUUCAAGAAUCAAUGAAUGAAAUCCUAUUUGAAGAAUACCAGUUUCAAGCGGUAUUAAGAGUAAAUGCUGGAGCUCUCAGUGCACAUAGAUACUUUCGAGAUAACCCCUCUGAAUUGUGCUGUAUCAUAGUGGAUAGUGGCUACUCCUUUACACACAUAGUCCCUUACUGUAGAAGCAAAAAGAAAAAAGAGGCAAUCAUCCGGAUAAAUGUAGGGGGGAAGCUCCUGACCAAUCAUCUGAAGGAGAUCAUAUCUUACAGGCAGCUACACGUUAUGGAUGAAACACAUGUGAUUAAUCAAGUGAAAGAAGAUGUGUGUUAUGUAUCUCAGGAUUUCUACAGAGACAUGGAUAUUGCAAAGUUGAAAGGAGAAGAAAAUACAGUAAUGAUAGAUUAUGUUUUACCUGACUUCAGUACAAUUAAAAAGGGCUUUUGUAAGCCUAGGGAAGAAAUGGUGUUAAGUGGAAAAUAUAAAUCAGGGGAACAAAUUCUUCGUCUGGCAAAUGAGAGAUUUGCUGUUCCAGAAAUCCUUUUUAAUCCUUCUGACAUAGGCAUUCAAGAGAUGGGAAUUCCAGAAGCUAUUGUCUAUUCCAUUCAGAAUUUACCUGAAGAAAUGCAGCCGCAUUUUUUCAAGAAUAUCGUUUUGACAGGAGGAAAUUCCCUCUUCCCAGGAUUUAGGGAUCGGGUUUAUUCAGAAGUUCGAUGUCUCACUCCAACAGAUUACGAUGUUUCUGUUGUGUUGCCUGAAAACCCCAUUACUUAUUCUUGGGAAGGUGGAAAACUCAUCUCUGAGAACGAUGAUUUUGAAGAUAUGGUGGUGACAAGAGACGACUAUGAAGAAAACGGACACGGUGUUUGUGAGGAGAGAUUCGAUAUUUAAGGACAGCUCCGAAUGAAGUCUUUACGUUUGAGUUCUAGGUUCCCUCUAAAGGAGACGACAGAUCUGUUACCUUUCAUCCUUAGAUAGUGUCUUGAAUUUGCGUAAAUACUUUGGUUCACAGCUAAUUUCAAAGGCUUCGUAGGCCAUUAUAGUACACUGGACUUCACGUAUUUUUGUUAAGGAGCCAGACUGCUAUGACGAUGCUAACCCUACUUCUGAGAGUAGAUUAUCUUUCAUUGGAAAAUGAAAGAGUGAAUGUGUUUUAAGUUAAAAAUCUUAAUUGCAGAAAGCACAAACUUAACAGUUUAGUUAGCUAAUUUUCCUUAUAGUUGUAACUAGCAACUGGCCAGUGUAUUUCCAGGCUGUUAGGACCUCUCUCUUGAUUUGAGAACGAAUUGUCUUAUUUUAAGGUUAUUGUUUUUAUAUAUUGUUUAUUGUCAUUGUUAUUUAUACAUAUUCAAGCUGUCUAGACUAUCCUGACAUGUUUCAUGUUAAAAUUUCUUGAGUAAAUUUGAGCAGGGAGAGACUAAUACCAAAGUAAUAAAUUGUUUUUGACCA